UCCAUAUUAACUCGAGACGUUUCAGUCCUAGACUCCAACGCCUGCCAGCUUUACUUUCGUAUAUGAGCAUUUUAUAACCAUUCUGUUGUUGAAUAAGUUAGUUCCAAUGACAUCAGAACAAAGUGCAUCGGCUGUUAUUAUAAAUAAACGUGGCAUUCCCCGAGAAGAGAGACGAAUACGGCAGUUCGCUGCUAAAGACAAAGAGUGCCUCGCCUGCAUAUGAGAAUACGUACUCUCAGGUGCACUUUAUGCUCCCAGGCCUAUCAGGAUCCUACUGACCCAUGGCUGAUUCACUCUCAGUUAGAGUUGAUUCCCCGCCACCUAAGUUUGGAGUAUCUUUCGAACAAACUAUGAGAGAAGCAAAGUACUCUGAUGACGUCCAAAGAAGUACCCAAGAGGCCGAAGAACCCUCACCAAAUAGUUUUCAAAAGGUAGCUCUAAACCAAAAACGAUGCCUGCUGAUUAUGUACAAAAGUAGCAAUAUGUUUAAUCCAAAGCUUGUGUUAAUAGGGCCUAGCAGAGCUGGCGGGUACUUAUGUUCUCAUAUUGUGGGAUGUGGGGCUGGGCUGGUCAGUAAGGCGGAGCAGCCCAAUAUAGUACGAGUAGCAAUUGCGGCGGGUCUUUCUUUGACGUGGCCAUAUAUUCAGUUGGUCAUAUCUCCGGGGCCACUUCAAUCCUGCAGUAUCUAUAGCCGCUGCUGUUGCUCGCAAACUCCAUUCAACUUGUUCCUAUCUAUGUGAUGAGCCAGCUAAUGGGUGCUACACUGGCAAGUCUUACCCUCAAGGUGUUGUAUGAGGGGCAGGCAGACAUUAGAUUGGUGGUGACUCAGUACUCGGGUUCAACGAGUCAUCUUGAGGCUAUUGCAUGGGAGUUCAUGGCCACUUUCAUCCUGAUGUUCACCAUUUGUGGUGUGGCCACUGAUCACAGAGGGAGCAAAGACCUCGCUGGACUUGCAAUAGGCACGGCAGUUCUUAUCAACGUCAUCGCUGUUGGGCCUAUUACUGGAGCUUCCAUGAAUCCUGCAAGGAGUUUGGGCCCAGCUAUUGUCUCCGGCGUCUUUUAAAAAUAUUGGAUCUAUAUCAUUAGCCCUAUCAUGGGAGCCACCACCGCAAGUCUGGUUUACAGCCUCCUUAGAGUACCCAAAUCAGAUAAAAGCCUGAGGAUCGCACCAAAAUUAAGCCGCACAUGAGGAUGUUUUCUUUACUUAGUUGCUUUUGAUUCACCAGGGAUAAGCUCCCCCAGCAAUGAUCAAAUUCUCAGAAUCUGCUGUGACCUUACGUUAUACAAAUCAAAGCAUGUCUCGCAACAUCACUACUGUUGAUGUUUCUUUUUGCCGUUCAUUUCGACCGAUGGCAUCCGCUUCUCGUCUUUCCACGAAAUAGAAGUUGUGG